UGUGCCACCCCCGUGUCUCCCCGCGUCCCAGGCAAACCCGUGGAGAUCUCUUCUCCGCUGCUACACGGCUCCCACCUUCACGCGCAGCAACAGCAGCAUCAUCAGCACCAGGAUCAUCAUCAUCAGCAGCAGCCUUCUGCCCCUUGCAGUCCCCCACUCAGCCUGGGGAAGCUGCAGCAGCAGCAGCCGCCGCCCUCCCACGCUCAGGCCGGGCACUCCGGGCCGGGCUCCCAGGUGGGGGGAGCCCCCCUGGAGGAGGCCACGCUGGGGCUGGGGGUGGUGGAGCAGAGUGGAGAGAUGCUGCGCACGGACAGCCCCAACUUCCUCUGCUCCGCGUUGCCUCCCCACUGGCGCUGCAACAAAACUCUGCCCGUCGCCUUCAAGGUGAUGGCGAUGGCCGACGUUCCGGACGGCACCCCCGUGGCGGUGAUGGCCGGGAACGACGAGAACUACUCUGCAGAGCUGCGCAACGCGAGUGCCGUCAUGAAGGGUCACGUGGCGCGCUUCAACGACCUGCGCUUCGUGGGGAGGAGCGGGCGAGGUAAGAGCCUCAACUUGACCAUCACAGUGUUCACGAGCCCACCCCAGGUGGCCACCUAUCAACGCGCCAUCAAGGUGACGGUGGACGGGCCUCGUGAGCCACGAAGACACAGGCAGAGGCAGGAGGACAUGCUCAAGUCCAGCUCGAUGGGGGGACUCUUCCCCGAGAGGCUGCUGCAGCUGGGUCCCGUGAGCCCCUGCUACGUGACCCCCACGCACGGCUCCGAGGGAGGGGGUCCCCGCAGCGCGCAAACCUCCCCACCGUGGCCCUUCGAGCAGCCGUACCCCUCCUACCUACCCCAGGUGGGGGCCCCAUCGGGCAUGGGGUCCACAUCAGGGCCCCUCUCCCCGGCGCGGACCCUCUCCACGCAAGACCUGCAGGGGGUGUUCAACCCAUCCCGCAUGAGCCUGCACCACGACGGGCAGUUUGCGUUGCCGGACCCCCGCCUCCACUACCCGGGGGCCUUCGCCUACCCCCACCUGACCCCGGCGCCGCCGCCCUCGCCGCGUUACCACGCCUACCUGCCCCCCCCCUACCCGGGCUCUCCUCCGCGACACGCCCCCUCCUCCGCCUACCAGAAUGGGGGGCCCCCCUCGGGCCCCUACGCGCUCUUCUACGGCGCGCCCCCCUCGGGAGCGGCGGGGGGCUAUCAGCUGUCGCUGGUGGCGGGCGCCUCCGACCAGAGGUCCCCCGAGCUGCCGGGGUCCCUGGGGCCCUGCGCCGAGGGCACGGAGAGCGACGGCAGCUGCCCCAGCGUUUCGCCGGGGGCCCUGGGGGCCGUGCGGGCCAUGGAGGAGGCCGUGUGGCGGCCCUACCAGCGGCCCGUGUAGCGCGCAGAGGCGCGGGGUGAGCGGAGAGUGAGGUGGGGGAGGCGUGGGGUCACGUGGGCUGAUGGUGAUGUUAAAUGUCACGUGGUUGUUCAGGUAGAGGCCUAACCAGAAACUCAGCCUGAAACCAUAACCCUAACUCCAGCUCUUUCCAUCACUUUUAACAACUAACAUACAAAUCCGAACCUUCGCCAUUAACAUAGCCUGAGACAUAACCCCAGCCCUUAUUCUAGACCCCAACUAUAACCCUAGCCUGAACCCGAAGCUUAGAUCUAACCCGAGGCUUACCUAUAACAUAACUCUGAUCCCUAACCGGUAACCUUGAGCAUCUUGAACCCUAGACCCGAACUCAUUUCCCCGUUUUGCCUAUUACCCUAACCCAGCCACGCAUGGGUCAUUGGGUUAGACCCAACCCACUGACCCAUUACCCUAACCCCUGAUCCAACAACGGAUGGGCCAUUGGUCUAUCCCUAACGCUUACCGUAUGACACAUUAGCCUAGCCCUAACCUUUGACCCGGCCGCGGAUUUUGUCAUCGCUCCAUGCUGCUGGGUACCAGCAGUGAUAGCGGCCAGCGGAGUUCUUGAGUGUUCGAGGGGAUAAAAGGGGUUGCAGAGACCCCGGGACGCCCAGUGAUGCCUGGGUGCGUUGCUGUCCAAUAACUUUUCUCACAGACGCCAAAUCGUUCACCUUAAACACCCAGUCGUUGAUAAAAGUUGAAGGCAGUAUAGUACUAUAGUAAUAGAGCAAGUGCAGAAUCACU